CCAUCUGUUCCCAGUCUAGAGGCGAGACCGAGCAAAAGAGAAGAGCUCACGGUGAUUUCUGCAGGCAUGUGAAGAUCCUAACAGAGCUUAUUAUAUUCAUAUCCAAGCCUCGUAUUUCUUAUUAAAUAGUUUACUUUAUAUUUUUACUGUUAUAUCUCUUUAAAAAGAGUAUACAUUUUUACUGCAAAGAUGACAGCGUUAUCGCUACUGUUUGUGGCAGUGUCCAUCCCUUUAGUAACUGCAGAAUCAUCUGUUUAUUUCCGAGAGCAAUUUGAAGACGGAGACACCUGGAGGAGCCGAUGGGUGGAAUCCAAGCAUAAAUCAGACUAUGGGAAGUUUGUCCUAUCUGCAGGCAAAUUUUAUGGCGAUGCCGAUAAAGAUAAGGGUCUUCAGAGCAGUCAGGAUGCUCAUUUCUACGCACUGUCAUCCCGCUUUGCUGAUUUCAGCAACAAGGAUCAGCCCCUCGUGAUCCAGUUCAGUGUAAAGCACGAGCAGAGCAUUGACUGUGGUGGAGGCUACAUCAAACUUUUCCCAUCAGACCUCAAACAGGAAGAAAUGCAUGGAGACUCCACAUAUAAUAUCAUGUUUGGUCCUGACAUCUGUGGUCCUGGAACCAAGAAAGUACAUGUAAUUUUCAACUACAAAGGCAAAAAUCAUUUGAUCAACAAAGACAUUAGAUGCAAGGAUGAUGAAUACACCCAUCUGUACACAUUAAUUGUCAAUCCUGACAACAAUUAUGAAGUCAAGAUUGAUAACAAGAAGGUAGAGUCUGGUUCUUUGGAAGAAGACUGGGACUUCCUGCCUCCCAAAAAGAUCAAAGAUCCCGAAGCGAAAAGGCCUGAGGACUGGGACGAGAGGGAGAAGAUCGAUGACCCUGAUGACAAGAAACCAGAGGACUGGGACAAACCCGAGAACAUCCCUGAUCCUGAUGCCAAGAAGCCUGAUGACUGGGAUGAUGAGAUGGAUGGGGAGUGGGAGCCGCCCAUGGUCACCAAUCCAGAAUACAAGGGUGAGUGGAAACCCCGCCAGAUUGACAAUCCUGCUUUCAAGGGGAAAUGGGUGCACCCUGAGAUUGAUAACCCAGAGUACACCGCUGACAACGAAAUCUAUAAAUACGAUAGCAUCGGAGUGAUUGGACUGGACUUGUGGCAGGUGAAAUCUGGCACAAUUUUUGACAACUUUCUGAUUACUAAUGACCCUAAGCUGGCAGAAGAGGUUGGCAAUGAGACUUGGGGUGCUACAAAGGAUGCUGAGAAGAUGAUGAAGGAAGGUCAAGAGGAGGAAGAGAGAAAGAAGCGUGAGGAAGAGGAAAAGACAAGAAAGGAGGAGGCAAAGGAUGAAGAGGAAGAAGAAAAGGAAGAGGAAGAAGAGGAGGAGGAGGAGGAGGAGGAAGAAGAGGAGGAGGAAGAAGAAGAGGAGGAAACAGACUCUAAACUCAAAGAUGAGUUGUAGAUUUCAACAGGAACUUGUGAAGUAAUGCCCCAUGACUAAUGGGGUACAAGGCAGAGAACUGGACUAAUGCUGGACAUUCCUUGUUGUUGUCUGUCGGAUGAUUCUGGCAGGAUUUAUUUUUUGUCUCAUUCCACUACUACAAACCUAUUUAUAGAUUUAGCUUUUUUUUCAUAAUUUUCAUUUGCAUGAUGUCAAGCAAAGUCCCAAGCAUUUUCAAUCGGGCAGGGUUGAAGGCAGCCAACAUAAAAAAAAUUACACAUCCCCAUCUGUAGUGAAAGAUACGAUCCAUAAAAAUUCAACGCUCUUCUUUACAAAAUAUCCUGUUUGCUAAGCAAUUCUGUGACAUGAACUUGAAUCAUAACAGCCAUCAACUGGUAGCUACGAUACACUAGAAUAUUUAC